AUGGCUUUUCAAGGAGCGCUGCUGCCGAAUAUAGCGGCAGCAGCUACAGACGCGUGGCCCUCGGUCGCAGGCAGCCUCGCCGCUCCCUGGAGAAGCGUUACUCUGCCAUCCCGAAGCGCGGAUCGGGCUGCGUCUGCGAGAGACCAGCGUGGCGUUGAGCAGCCGGCCAAGCAUGCCAAGCCUCUCGUCCCCGACUUCCUUCAAGUUCCCAGCAUACAAUCUCAACUCCUCCCGAAAAUAUCCAACGCCAUGGCCACCACGAGCGUCCAGAAUGCCGUGGUGAACCUGACCCGCGUGGGCCUUCAGGCCGCAAACCCGAUAUUGCGACGACCCUUCUUUCAGCCGCAAAUGUCCGCCGCACCUGCACUUGCGCGCCCGUUCAUGCGCUCUGGCUUCAGCACGAUGGUCACGUCACGGAACAUGUCUUCUACCUCUCGUCUCGGUCUGCAUAUGCGAGCUACUGGCAUGCAACACCGAGGAUUCGGCACUUCGAACGGCAUCUCACGCAACCAACUGGCAACAGUCGAGGAGUCGGCAAACAGGAAUCCCGGGAAUGCGAAUCUGCAGAAUGCGUUCUAUCAGUUGCUCCUGCGGGCAAAUAUGCCUGGAAUCCUGGUCGAACGUUAUCAGUCGGGACGCUUUGCGACCAACGCUGCGACUGAGGAGGCAUACAAGAAGGCUCUGGCCGCCCUCAAUGCCGGUACCAACGCUACGGCAGGCUCCGUCGGUCAGACCUCGUAUGCUAGAGGCCAAUGGUCGGGUCAAGACCAAGGCUUUGCUGGUGCCGCAGCCGGUGGAAACAGCGCCGCCGCCAACUCCAUGGGCGGUAAGGGGGAGCCCAUCCAUGUUGUCGUCCAGGAAUCCACUCGGUCGCUCAUCUUCCGCUGGGUCAAGUUCUUCGCCACUUUCGUCGUCGUCACGUAUCUCUGCUUCGCGGCCGUCACCAUCCUGAUCGAAACACUUAGCACUUUCAGACGGGGUCCUGGGGCCAAGAACGAUUCCGAGGUCAAGGCUGAGAAGCAGACAACUCGGUUCAGCGACGUCCACGGCUGCGACGAGGCAAAGGAGGAGCUCCAGGAGGUCGUCGAGUUCCUUCGCAACCCCGAAAAGUUCUCUGAUCUUGGAGCCAAGCUGCCCAAGGGUGUUCUCCUCGUUGGCCCUCCUGGAACUGGCAAGACGCUUCUGGCCCGAGCCGUCGCCGGCGAGGCUGGCGUGCCCUUCUUCUAUAUGUCUGGAAGCGAGUUCGACGAGAUCUUUGUCGGCGUCGGUGCCAAGCGUGUACGUGAGCUGUUCGCUGCCGCCAAGGCCAAGUCGCCUGCCAUCAUCUUCAUCGACGAGCUGGAUGCCAUCGGCGGCAAGCGAAACCCUCGGGAUCAAGCCCACGCCAAGCAGACACUCAACCAGCUGCUCACUGAGUUGGACGGUUUCGAUCAGGAUACCAAGAUCAUCAUCAUGGGCGCGACUAACCUCCCCAAGCUUCUCGACAAGGCGCUGACGCGCCCUGGCCGCUUCGACCGACACAUCAACGUUGAUCUGCCGGACGUGCGAGGUCGCAUUGCAAUCCUGAAACAUCACGCCAAGAAGAUCAAGGCUGCGCCGGACGUCGACCUGGAAGCCAUCGCUGCACGCUCGCCUGGUCGCUCCGGUGCCGAGCUGGAGAACAUGCUCAACCUGGCCGCCCUCCGAGCGUCUCGUGCUAGGGCCACGAUGGUCUCCAAGCAGGACAUGGAGUGGGCAUUUGACCGCGUCACCAUGGGCGCCGAGAGGAAGUCGAUGGUGGUGACGGAGAAGGAGAAGGAGAUGACGGCGUACCACGAAGCAGGCCACGCACUGGUGCAGCUAUUCGAAAAGGACAGCUCCAGCCGCCUCUACAAGGUCACGAUUCUCCCCAAGGGGCCGUCUCUGGGCCACACGGCGCACGUCCCUCAAAUGGACAAGUACUCGUACACCGCUGCCGAGUACAUGGCCAACAUCCGUGUGCUUCUCGGUGGCAAGAUGGCCGAGGAGAUGCGCUACGGCGACGACAAGGUGACGUCGGGCGUGUCCAAUGAUCUGGAGAAGGCAACCGAUCUCAGCUUCAUGAUGGUGACGCACUUUGGCAUGUCCAACGUGCUGGGCCCUGUCGAGUACGGCCGCCGUUACGAGAACCUCAGCUCCGAGACGAGGAGCGUGAUCGAGGGCGAAGUCCAAAAGGCGAUGAAGAAGUCGUACGAGGACGUGAGGAAGCUGCUGACGGAGAAGCGCAAGGAGUUGGACUUGCUGGCCAAGGCCCUCGUCGAGUAUGAGACUCUCGACAAGGCCGAAGUCGAGUUGGUGAUUCGCGGGGAGAAGCUCCCCGGACGCACCAUCGUGCCCAAGGGACCGUUGGUCCUCCCGAUCCCGGACGACAGCCCUCAGCCGCCGGGGCUGAACGGAGUGCCGCACCCGCACCCGCCCGAGUCGCCUGCGCCUCCGGCUCCCGCUGAGUCGUCAGGUGCGAACUGA